AUGGUGUGCUCAGCGACCUGCGGGGAAGGCGUCCAGCAGCGGCAGGUGGUGUGCAAGGGCAGCGACAGCGGUGCGCGCUGCGACGGUGACAAGCCAGAGGCCAUCCAGGGCUGCCACGUGGCGCUGUGCCCAGGGAAGAUCUCUGGCAUCACCGCCAGCGCCGACGCCGGUGACCACGGCGUGACCAAAGGGCAGCGGGUGCCCCAGGAUGGAGCCAAAAACCCCGUGAGCAAGAUCUCCUCCAGAGAGCCAUGCCUUGGGGACAAGUCCAUCUUCUGCCAGAUGGAGGUCCUGGCCCGCUACUGCUCCAUCCCYGGCUACAACAAGCUCUGCUGCGAGUCCUGUGGCAAGAAAUCCUCCUCCACCACCGGCUCCCCUGCUGCCACUGGCAUUCCCCYGGGCACCACCGCUCCCAGCCCCGCUCCAGUGCUCUCCCCCUACCCCACAGCCCCGGGGGAACCUGGUGGGGACCCCACUGGGGCACCUGGGGUAUCCAGCAGUGGUGCUUUUCCAGGGGAGCCAGGAAGGGGCCAGGGGGCCAGGUAACCUGCUCAGGACCACCUCACUGUGGGGCAGGGAAAGCCUUUCUCCCUCUU